AUGGCGCCUUCGCUCAAGAUCUCAGCCGGACCCUCAGUGGACGCGUUGCAAACCGUCGCUGUGAACCACGACGACCGACCCACGGAAAUCAACUCGGACCUCUUCCAGGGCCGCAUCGCCGUGCGCAUCAAGAACUUCACCGGCUCGGAUCCCGACGGCGUGGAGCAUCGCAAGGACACACCCUACUUUGGUGCCGGCCACGGCAAGGGCCAGAGCUGGAGCAUGCAGAUCCAAGGGCGUUUCAAGUCCGCGGUCAACGCCGACGACCUCGUGUUCGGCAACGAGUUUGAUAAGCCCAUCAAGGACCACCUGCCGUACGGCACGAGUGUGGCGCUGCAGUUUGUGAAGCUAGUCGAUCCGAAUUUGGAGCACGACCUGUACGCGCAGCGUCCACAUGCCUGGAGCCCGUACCUCGCGACCAUGCCGCGCGUCAACUCGGUUGCGUCGGACAAGGAGGAUUUCAGCGAGUGGCCGAGCUUCCCCACACACCCGGAGUAUGUCCAGGACGACAUCUCGAGCCUGAUUCCUUCCGAGCUCGCCGAAAAGGAGAGGGACACUGUGGCCAACUUCAAGGGCAUCGACAAGGCGCACGAGUACCGACAGCGCUUCCUGGGCAACCGCGCACACCGGAAGGAGAUCAUCGUGGACAAGGACCAGAUCGUCACCGCUGACUUCUUCAACGGCUUCUUGGACUUUAACGAUCUCACGCUGCACAUUCCUUUCUCGGGCGGGCUGAAGUUUGAUCUGAAGAAGUACUGGGAUGGCCAGCCGGUCCGCUACAUCUGCAAGGACAGGAAGAACGAUAAUGUUUUCUUUAUUAUCCAGUUUGAUAUUGUAGAUCUCAACCAGUGA